AUGAGACAAGCCUUCAUCCAAACAGGAAAAUACAUUCCCCAAAACAACGGAGUGUCUGGGAUAAAGGUAUACAAAGGGGAUGUGUACGCAACGAUGCCCCGAUAUUUCGACGGAGUCCCUGCUUCGCUGAAUAAAAUUGUCACCAAAGAUGGUGAAGCCGUCAUGCAGCCAUUCCCUGACUGGGACAACUACACCAUAGAAGACUGUAAUGGCUUACAAUUUAUGCAAUCUAUGGAAAUUGACCCAAAUACUGGAUUAAUGUGGGCCAUAGACGGUGGUCGGACAGCAUUAUUCGAACCCAAUGCCACAAGAAACUCUUGUCCCGCCAAAGUCGUUGGAUAUAACUUAGAGACCAAGAAAGAGAUCAUUAAUCCUGCCAUAGUGGUGGUCGAUGUAAAAGGAAAGCGUUCUUACCGACUCGAAGACCCUGAAUCGAUGGCGCCGCGAGAAAGCCUACCAGUUGAUAUCGACGGAACACCAUUCGAUCCCAAACUUGGCAUCAACGGAAUAGCCAUGUCGUCGGAUUUCCGUUACGUGUACUUCUCGUCGAUCAACGUGUUGAAGUUGCAUCAAGUCCCCACUGGUGUUCUUCGAAAUCAAGCCUCUAAUGACCAAAAAAUAGCGAGGCCCGAUACAAUGGCAAUCGAUCAGGACGGGUACCUGUGGGUUACCGCUUCAAAUGCUGGACGCAUCUUUCUUGGGCAGCCUCGAUUUUUCAAGGAUCAUUCGCACUUACAUCGGGGAAAAGCGCUACCUUGUAAAGAGGGAGGACGUAAAUGCAGUUAG